AGAAAGAUCAGAAGAAAGAGAAAAGAAAGAAAACUAAAAAUGCGCAAACUUUCCAGGUUGAAUUUGAAUUUGCAAUCAUUUUUAUACUCUAGGAUCGGUUCACAUGUUAAGUCUUUGGAUUUAACUGACACCUCACUUGUUGUCGUUUAAUUUGAUAAAAUCAGUACAUUUUGCAAAUUAAAGGUAGCGGCUGCUACUUACCUACAAGCAUGGCUACCGAGGCUACUUCAGAUGGUCCUGAGAAAAACAACAAAACCUCCAACAUAAUCUUCAUUCGUAAUUUGGUUCGACCUUUCACUUUGGUAAGGUUAAAGGAAUUGUUGGAGAAAAAUGGUAAACUGGUUGAAGAUCAAUUUUGGAUUGAUAAGAUAAAGUCAAAGUGUUAUGCUACAUAUGAGAAAGAAGAGGAUGCAAUAAACACUCGUGAAGCACUCCAUGGAAUUUCUUGGCCUGAUGCUAAUCCCAAAAAAUUGAUAAUAGAUUUUGCCACUAAGGAAGAAUUAGAAUAUCAUCUAAAUUUGGAUAAAAACCCGCCACCUUCAGCUCCUCCACAGUCAGCUCCACCUUCAUCAUCAACUUCAUCACGCGCCCGAACUUAUUCAAAACCUGAAAUUGUAAAUGAACAGAAAGAAAGCAGCAAAAAAGAGUUAAACAAUGAUAAAUUUGAUGCCGUCAUUAGAAGAGGUAAGUUGGAAAAAUUAGAUCCAGAAACGUCAAAGGAUCAUAAAGAAAGUAGUAAACAAGAUAAAUCUGAAAAAUCAGAAAGACAAAAAAGACCCAUUCGUGAAUGGGAUAAAGAAAAAUUUUCUCAAAAUGAACAGCCUCCAGAGGAAACAUCACCUAAGAAAAAACGAGCUGCUAGUGCCAGUCCAGAAAACAAGGGAAGACGUAUUAAAGAAACACAACAUAAAGAUAAAGAUCGUGAUCACAAAGACUUGGUGGAAAGUGACGGUGAUUUAGCACACAAGGAUGGUUUCAUUGCUGAUCACAAAUCGCCAGCUAAACUUCUGGAUGAUCUCUAUAAGAAAACCAAAGCAACUCCAUGUAUUUAUUGGUUACCACUAGACGAGGUUCAAGCCAAAAAGCGCGCUGAAUUGAGAGCAGAUAAUCUUAAAAAAAAGGAAAAAGAACUAGCGGCUAGAAGAACAUCACGCUUCCAUCAUCAUCAGCAUCAUUAUUAUUAGCAAACAACCCAAAAAAUAAAAUAAAAAUAAAAUAAAGACAAUUAUUUUGUAAACAAAAAA